GUGCAGCGAUAUGCACUAUGGCGACUAUGCAGUACUGUACUUUAUAAUACUGUACAUUCGUACAUUAUUAGCUCUAUGGCUAAAGUAUAAACAGUAAACUGCUUUCGUUCCUGACGACUGUAAAUUAAAGUGCUCACUUAAUCCAGCCAUUCUAUUAGAAACCCAGUUCUCCCAUGGGAAACUGUUCCACGGAUGAGGGACACAAAUUCAUCCAGUUAUCUCCUAGUGCGCGAACGCCUUCGGUUACGCCUUCAGUGCAUAAUAUCUUGUUAUUGAUCAUAAGUUGGGCAAAACCCUACACCCUACGAGUGGCUUUGCAAUUUUAUCCCUACGGCCUACAGUAGCUUGUGUCGACUGUCGAAAUUAUGUCACGUCGCCAUUACAUUUUCGUCUAUGGGACGCUGAAGUCCAAUGAACCCAAUCACCAUGUUCUGCUGGAUAAAGGAUAUGUGGAUUCAAAUACAGCGUUCGUAGGGAAUGCCUUGACAAUCGAAUAUUAUCCCAUGGUUAUCGCCACACGGUAUAAUAUCCCAUUUGUUCUGGAUAAACCUCAUAAUGGCCAUAGAAUUCACGGCGAAGUGUACCUGGUAACGGAGAGCACACUCAGUCGCCUGGAUGAGCUGGAAUGCCAUCCGCAUUAUUAUGAACGCCGCCCGGUGCAGGUUGAACUGCUGCCCAGAGAUCCCGACACCAGCAGCGAGAGCGAUUCCGAUGGACAGUCGCACGUCGUCACCUGUGAUAUGUACUUGUUCCAUGGAUUUGAUCCGAAGCUGUUGGAGUUGCCCUUCAUCUCCAACUAUUCAUCAACCGGAUCUCACGGGUUGGAGUAUGUCGUGUCUAGUAAACGGGUGGCGGAGGAAGUGAUGGCCCACAAAAUGGAGGUCAAACUGCCCAUCCCCAACCCGAAAUAAGGCAUCCGCGGAAACAAGUCUGCAAAUUGCGAAGAAUUUUUGGGCUUCAGUGUCUGGUUAUUUGAUUUGUUGUUUGAGUCUUUUGUUAAAAAACGCUUGUGAUUUGUAUUUUGUAGAGUGGUUAACGUGGCACUGCUAGCAUUCCUUGCCGCUGGAAUUGGGAUGACUGUAUGUGCAGUCUGUAUUGAUAGAGCUGCUUGUAUGUGCACUGUGCAGGAAAGUAGUUUGUAGAACAGUCAUUUACGCACUUAACUGUGUUAAAAGUAUUUUGUGACUUGUGCAAAAGGUAUUUUAUCUGGGAAUUGUCUGGUGUAAGUUUGUAACAUACAAGAUCCGUACAAUUUAGGGAUUCCGUUUGUUUUCUUUCGCUUGGGAAACACAUAAUCCCACACCCGACUGACCAUCCGCCGUACAGUUCUUCCUUUCCCUCUCACUUAUGCUCACUGGUUUUUAUUU